CUUAAGGUGGAUAGAUGAACGUUUACGCUCUUCUUGAAAUUUUAGGAGUGCGAUGCGCAAUACUUACAUUUGUGUGAUCACCUCCGUGUGCUGUGCAAAUUGGAUAAACGCUCAUUCAAAUAUAACAACGAAGGCCUUCAUUCAAGUACCUGGUACUAAAUGGCAGAAAUACAUGCUGAUCCUGUUGCCUUUGGGUACAAGGCAUAUUUUGAAAACAGUAAAAUGCACAUAUCUCAUGAAAUGAUAUGUGAGGAGAAUAAGGAACAACACAUGUUUAAUCCAGAUGAGGAAUGUUAUUGCACAAAAGAAGAUUUCAUAGUUUUUGCUGAAUUUUCUGAAGUUAUGGGACCAGUUCCUCUACUAACAUUCCCUUUGGCAAUCAAAGAUGAUCCAAAAAUAGAUGUCAACACACUUAUUCUGAAAAUCAUGUCUGUUGACUACCAUGCAACUCCCAGUGGCCAAUUUACUUUCUGUGAGGAUGUGCAGGUUCUCCAAGCAGAUGUUGUACCUGGCCUACAUGCCUAUGUUCACUACUGCACUCUCCAUGACCUAGGGGCCAGGGGGUUUGUACGACCACUCUGCUUUGCCUAUUUAUCGACUGACUUAAUUAAAGUGCAAUCACUGUUUCCUACUCUUCGAGAACAGUUCCUAAAGGCAACAGAAAUCCUGCAGUUCAAUAAUCGACAAUGGUUUGUGGAAGAACUUCUAAGAAUGAUGACCACUUUAAAGGAAAAACAAAACAUAUAUUUUUCAUUGAAACAGAAAGAAGAAGAAGGGAUUGAGUUGUCAGCAGAUGAAGAGAGGAUUCUUAAUAGUUCUUCAAUAGAUCAGCUAGUUUCACAAUACACUGAAUACAAGAAUAUGCUUCACGUGGCAGAGCCAUACAUGAAUAACCAAACAGCACAGGAAGUUGUGAAUGUUUGGAAAGGCAGCCUUGUGAGUGCAGAGAUGAUGCACACAGGUGUCAGUCGCUACAUGGCAAAAUUACGCCAUGAAUUGCUGAACCACGGUAUCACUUCUGCACAGCACAAUGGGCCAUCACUUCGCGCAGUAGUGGCUCUUAGUCCAUGGGGCCUUGCUUUCCUCUUGUGGGAGCUCAUGUGUAUCCAGCGACAACAUCGCAGGUGUCGCCUCAGCAAGAUGGUCUACAUGUUUGCACAGGAUGAGGAAUUACUAACCGAGGGGAUACAGAAACACUCAUCAGAAAGGGCAUUACACGAACCUGAAUAUCUGUCACUACUUAGUGCUCUUACAUACCCUGUAGACAGACCAGACAGUAACCAUAAACGUUGCAGUCAAGACAGCUUAGAUUUCCUGGAAGCUACUGCUGUUGUUAGUGGAAAUGAAGGAAGCAGCAGUUACCAUUCUGCCCCAGAAUCGGUCAGUGAUAUAGUGAUUAAAAAACAGCGGAGCAGUAGUAGCAGCAAUUCAGAAAGCAAUGGAAGUAGUCAGCCAAGUUGUGAAAGUUAUGUUGAUGUUUCUGAACCAGACAGCUGGGCAGAAUCUGAAUCACCACUGCAGCAUCUGGAUAGUGAUCAGCAAAAAUUAUUCAUGUUUUGUGUAUGGGACAGCAGCAGAAGCCAACUACCAAAUGGACUACCAGGAAAAAAUUUAUUGAAAUUCUUCAAGAGCUUUCCCAAGGCUGCCCAUCAUGUACUGUACUCUAUUCUUAUUGGGAGGACAGUUGUCCUUGCUGGAAGUGAAGCAAUGGAGAAGAAGGUGAACAAGAUAAUAGAUGCUCUGGUAGUAUUAUUUCCUGUGAAAUUUGAAGAGGUAGUCAGAAUUCUUAGGUGGCAUCGUGGAAUACUUGUUUCAUCACAUAUCAAUUCAUAUCAACUGAUUGGGGUCUGUGUUCCAGAACGCAUUUCUGUUCAUGAUAUGAUUAGCUCCAGAGACAAGAACAUGGUGACAAUACUGGAUAUAACAAAAGAACAGCUCUUUGGACCAGCAUAUUCAGGGCAAUUUCUGUCAUCCUUAGAAAUUUCUCCACAGUUCUUUCAGAGUGACCAAACAUUGAUCCUCUUCCUGCAGUCCAUUGCUGCCGAAAUUCUUCAGAAGCUGUUUCUUUUUAGAAUGUCAUUUGUCUCUCCUGUUGGUGACUCAAGAAAUGCUGACCGCUCUCCAGGUGAUAUUCUGAGAGAGAUGGGGGUCCAUGGCUGUGAUGCAGAAAUUAUUAAGUACCUAUUCAAGAUUGGAAUUUCGGAAACAAGUUGAAAUAUUACAGGAAAAACUUGAAUCAUC